AUGAGAAUAACAACAAAACAACAACAUGUAACAAAGAGAUCAAAACAAGAAUCUUAUGCAGCUAAUCCUGCUAACAAAGAAGAAAACCUAUACUUGCAAGAUAAUAUACCUAUUACUAACUGGGCAGACUUACAAAAAAUGAUUUAA